AUGGCUCCGCCAAAGGCGGCAGCCAAGCGCAAACCAGCCGACAAGCGCGGGCUGGACAAUGUCGAGGAGAGCCCUGGCAAGAAACAAAAGCCAGAUGUGGUGCCCACCGCCAAGGCGGCCUCGUCUCCAGCGAAGGCUUCAACGACAUCUCUCAAAGCUCCCACCAUCCCAUCUUUGGAGGGUUCUGCAGCCAUGGGUGCUCACUCGCUGAUGAAAGAAGUCGUUCCAUGGGCUACUGGACUACUACAAGCAGUUUUGCAGGAGUUGCCAAAGAGCCUUGGGAGUAGCCUUGGGUGUGACGCCAAACAUCCUUUGCGGGAGCUUGCGCCGUUGACCGUUCCAAGCAACCGCUCUGGUGGUGGCAAGCUGUCGAAUUUCAAAGAGACUUGGAACUCUGAGAACUGCCGGUAUGCUAUCAAGAACUCGGAGCAGUACGAAGCUGGUGGAUCACUGUACUGGCUGCAGCUCGGCUUCUGCUCGGAUGGCGUGCUUCUGCUGGAAGAGCCUUCGGUGGAGGAGGUACUGCUGGCAAUGGACGCUCUGAUGCCGGCAGAAGCAUCAAAGCUGUUUUUCCCAGAUGCCUUUGCUACCUAUGCUUCCGCGAGUGCAGUCACAGGAGACGGCUUUCCCUCAGGCCUGCAGCUGUUGCAUCGCCACGUACAAGUGUUUGCGUGGUAUACCGCCAUGGCCAAAGCUCUUCAGUCCACUGACAGCAGUAGGGUCGAGAAGCUCCACGAGAUGGCGUUGACGGCGACCAUUCGGGUCCAUGCAACUACAGAGGUGCUUCCCGUGAAUGUUCUUUCUCUGAGGCUGUCAGAGAAGGCGAAGGUCGAAGACAAAGGUGACAGCUUUGUCCUGUUUGCAAAGAAGGUGUCGCUGAUUCGCAGAGAGCACUCCUCGGCGCCCUUCGGUGAGUUUCUGCAGAAGUUGAUUGAUGAGGGCAUCCGCUUCAAUGGCAAGCUGGUCCACCGAACGUUGCUCCAGGCCGUUCAGUCUGUAGAUUCCUUGCUUACGCCUUCUGCGGAGAAAGUCUUGGGGCAAACACAGCGAGAGUUUGGCCGAUCAGUUUGGGCAGAGAGCUACACCAAGUUGGCCCGCGUUUCCCAAUCGUGUGUGAAGUAUUGCAGCCAGCCGAACAGCAAGCUUGUGGCCAGUGAACUCUUCAAGUUGACGCUCGAGACCUUCGUGAUGCAGUUGCGCCGUGGGCUUGUGCCAGCUUCUUUCUUCACGCAGGAGGCCUUGGAGCCAAGGGGGAUGCAGUCGGAUGGCUGCACUUCGAAAGACCAAAGGGCACACUUGACGGAUGUCUUGGGCAAAAUUGGCACGCCUACGCUCUAUGAGCACGAAAUUCCUCUGACAGAGACUACAGAGGCGGCUGCAGCGGAUGGUGAAGAGUUGACGCAACACGAAGAUGCUUUCGCAAAGUUGACCAGCGAUCUGCCCAAGCCCUACCGCGCAGUCGCUGAGCUUGUGCAGGGCCUUUGGGAGGGAGACUAUGAGAAGGAGAUCAAGGAGCUCUUCGCUUCUGACCCGGACGCGCAGAACAGCAUUUUGUCGGAGUCCCAGCAGACCAAGAGCAGCAAGCUGUCCAAAGGCUUCCGGGCUGCCGCAGCUGCUUUGUCGCAGGAACAUGUAUCCUGCAACACUGCCGCUCCACCCGUGAGCCUGCGAGAGCUGGUCCGGAGAAACUCCUAUGGAGACGAGGACCGUGAAGCCAGAGAAGUGGAACGCACCAACCUCUGGAAAGAGGCGCAGACUGCCCGCAAAAAGCACAUCCAGUUUGGUAUUUGGUCAAGCCGCACAGCUGACUCCUUGCAAACUCUCUUCAAGAAGUCUGCCGCCUUUUCUUUCGAGGGCCAGCUCAAUGAGACCCACCGCGCCUUCGUGUUUUCUUGCGAUUUGUGGUCAGAAGGCCCAGAGGCUUGGUCGAAGCAACAGGCCAUUGAUGCCCACGACAAGCUGGUUGAGGAGACUUGGAAGUUCUUGCACAGCCAGCAGCAGGAGAGUGAUUUUGUGUUGCUCUUUGACGGGUGCAUCCGUGGCAACCGCCCGGCGAUCGAGAGCAGCAAGUGGCAGUGUCCUGGCGGCGGGGGCCUGUUAGACUUUUGUGCCGCGCGCACGGCAAGCCAGAAGAAGCCCAACGUUCGAGGCAGAAAGGUGUUUGGGGGAGCCCAAGCAUUUGAAACAUGUUUCGUGCGCUUGGCGGUGCCUCGAGUGCGGCUCUCAGUGAAGGACAGGGAAGACGACUACCUUGUUGAGAAGGAAGACAACUUGGGGACCAACGACCUCACCCUCGUGGGCAUACCGCCCCUCAAGAGGGCCCCGCAGUUGCUGUUGAGCGAGAAGAAGAAGAUUUUUUCUGAUGCGGCCGUGCCGGACACUUACAAGUCCUCAUCGGUGCCGCUCUUCUGGGCAGAGUCCAAGGGAGAUGAGUUCUGGUCCACAGUGAUCAAGAUGCUUGACCUUGGUUGCGUUGUCGACUGCACUCCCGGCAGUGGCACGCUAGCGCGUGUGUGCUUGGAGCAGGAGGCACUGCCUCCGGUGGUGCUGUACAACUCAGACCUCAGCGAGAUGAUUGAGGAACACUACGCAGAUGUUUUGGCCGAGCUGAACCCGCCCGAUGUCGAAGGAGAGAACGAUGACGAAGGGGAUUGA